CUUGCGAUACCCCGCGAGUCCCAUCGGAGGGUGUUUUUUUUUUUGGUGUUCGAUGUUCCGACGCGAGUGAUCGGUAGUUUUCAGUGCGACGAGGAGAAAAAUAGAAAAUGGGCACCGUGCUUAGUUUUUCGCCUCGAGAGAGGAGACCGGUGUACACGACCAGCAGCACGGCCGACUUCACGCUGAACAAUUUCUCGUACGAACAGUUGAACAACGUGAAAAACAACCGGGAAAUAUGCUCGUCGAAACCUGCCCUCACUCACUCGAAUACCCACACGUUGAACAAUAUCAAUAACAAUGACAGUGCCAGGAUUAUAUCGGAGAAAAACGCCUUGGAGAAGAACCUGAAGAAGCACUCGUUGUUUAUAAACGCGUUGUCGUGGAAACGAUUUUCCACGACGAACAACAACAAGAAGAAGUUGGAAAACAACAAGAACAAGAACAUUACCGUCUACAGGCAACCGUUGGUGGAUAACAUCCACGUCGUGGACAAAAACAAAAACAUACAGCAGCAGCAACAGUCGAACAAACAGGCGACGUAUUAUUCGACUUCCAAGUCCAGUUCAGCCCUAGCGUUGGACCUUGUGAGGGUUAACAAUGCGAACAAUACCAACUACCAUUUGCACUGCGAAAAAAUCACCAACAAACAAGCGCUUCCGAGUCAAAGAGAGUCGAAUCAGGUCGUGCCUGUGGCGGCACCGAGGAAGACAGUUAUCCAGGCGUCGACCUCUGAACUGUUGAAAUGUCUGGGCAUGUUUUUGCACGCUAAAUGUUACAAACUGAACGAUUUUCAAGCGGGAGACGCCGUCAUGUGGCUGAGGACCGUGGACAGGAGCUUACUCCUGCAAGGAUGGCAGGACGUGGCCUUCAUCAAUCCUGCGAACGUUGUGUUCGUCUACAUGCUGGUGAGGGAGUUGGUUAAGGAAGAGAUUGAAUGUGAACAGGAUUUACAAGCUGUCGUUCUGACUUGUUUGUAUUUAUCUUACUCGUAUAUGGGAAAUGAAAUCUCUUACCCGCUCAAGCCGUUCUUGGUAGAGGACAGCAAAGAAAAGUUCUGGGACCGUUGCCUGGACAUCGUCAAUCGCCUUUCUUCCAACAUGCUUCGGAUAAACUCGGAGCCGGGCUAUUUCACCGAAAUCUUCACUGAACUGAAAGCCUGCGGGACCACUAACGAAAGGAACCUAGUAGCCACCAACUUAUCGACGAUGGGUUGUCAAACGGUUCCGGUAGUUCCGUGCAAUACCGGUACUCACGGCGCUUGACAAAAGGAAAUGACUGUCGUUAAGUUAAGCUUAGCUGAAAUUCCACCUGUGCCGUGCGAAGUUUAAGGAAAAAGCGGUAGUGGAAAACAUCCUUUCGGAACUAAGAGUUCGUCUUGCCUUCGUCAGCUUAAUGAGGUAGUUAGAUAAUCGCACAGAAACGGAAGUUUCGGCUGUUGGGGGAGGAAACUGCAUUCGAAACUUAAGGAGUCCCUCAUUUCCCUCUGUUCUGACUCGAUCGGUAUUUCUGUAAACUCUUUUGCCCUUGUUUUCGUCACAUAUCACCAUAUCUCUCAACAAAUCACGUAUGGGUAUUUUAUCCGAAAUUCGUAAUGAUAAAUGUUUAAUGUGUAUUGAACUCAACAGUAGUUGUUUACUGAAUGAAUGAGAAAACUAAUCUUUGAAUUCGAUCUUGAGUAAUUCUUCCACCACUUCAAAACAUGAGAACGGCAUUCUUAUGGGUACUUUUCGUGUUAGUUUGUUAAUUGAGAAUUAAAUUCACGAAUUAAAUUAUAUUCUGUCGAUAUAGAACCUACGGAUUACUUUUUUUGUAUUUUAACCUAAUGGGCCUCUAUUGUUGCGUAUUUGGUUGUAUGGAGUUGCUAAAGUUAGAUUUUUGCAUAAUAUUAACUUGACCACUUUGGGGAUCCCAAAGUUCAAACUCACUAAACGGAAAAAAGGUGUUCUUCCUCUUUCGAAUUCUUGUUUGCUUUUCUUAAAAAAGUUACUUAAUUCGUCACUGGUUUUAUGGCGUUCAGGAUUUUUUCAAGUCUAAUUUUAAGUAACAUAUUUUGUGUGUAUUAUGUAUACAUAUUUCACUAUUUAUUUAUAUUAUUUUCUUUCCUUAUAAUUUAUUUGCUGCUAUUAAGGCAAAGUUUUGGGAUAGAUUUAAACGAAAUGCGGCGUUGCCAAGUUAGCGAAUUUAACUUUACUUUAAAGUGCGUGAUUGAUGAUCGAUCUGAGUAUGACGAAGAAAUAGGGACGUGUUACAUACAAUGUAUUUUUGUAAUCGGCUCAGUGUGGUACCAUAGACAAAUUAUUAAUUAAUAUCAGAGUAUAUUUAUGUCGUUACUAUGGGAACCAAUUCAAAGGCGACUUAUAAUAAGACGGAACAGAAGCGAGUCGUCUGCGUUUUACUGACUCGAAACAAUUUUUAAAAAAUGUUACUAAUUGAAACAAAAAUUGAAGAAGAAUAACUAAAUUCUCAUAUUAAUUUGAAAUUUUUAACCAAUUAUCUUUUAUCAAUUAAAAUAUGUUGGUUUUCCAAUUGUUCUAACUAAAAUUUCAGCUCAGUCCAGUUUUCCAAUAUCAAAAAGCACGACAAAUAGACACUUUAUGAUGAAUUAAGAACCCACAAGAAACUUAACUUAAAGAAAGACGAUUAGUGAAAGAUUGGUAUGCAUGUCGGUGAAAAUUAGGGCAAUCGAGGACACUCUCUAGUCCUUUGGAACUAAAUCGUUCUCAGUAGUUCCGGUUAGCGGCAAGGUGUUUCCAAAGUGCUCAGCAGCUUCCAGCAACGCGUUCGUUAUCGAAAAGUUUGGAUUUUUCGCUUUGGAUACAUCGACAACUUUUUCCUUUCGGGUUUUCGGUAUCUGAGCGAUCGAAAUUACUUAAGUAGCCGGUAAGCAUUUAUUUCUCGGACGAAUCGUCGGAGGGGAACGAUUCUUUUUCCGGGAUCGGUUUGAGUAAACAAUGUUCUAAAUCACUUUUUUCGUGUUUACGCGUUUAUUUUCAAACACAAAUUAAAUUUCGGCUUCGCGUGAUUGUAUUCCCACCACACUAAAUGAGAGUUUCGCGUGAUAAGCUCGCGUAUACAAUAAUAUCGAAUUCGAAAUCCCGCUUUCAUAAACAAAUUCCCUUUAAAACCUAUCGUUUUGUAUAAAUUUCUCUCGUUAAAUUAGUGCGUAAACCGUAGCUGUUGAUAUUUAGCGGAAACCAUCAUUACCUAAUUAUAACUUUUCACCUAUUUUCGAACACACCCUGUAUAAUGGCGUAUGUAACCACGUCCCGAUGACGCAAGUUCGCUCGAUAUAUUCUGCGCUCAACGUCAUAGGGAUGGCGUACGUUUGGUGAUCCUUAAGGAAAACUGUAGAUAUAUAACAUAAGUCACUAAUUGAUAAGGUUUGCAAGAAUUAUAACAGGGCGUAUCGGCUUAUCGUGGCAGGACUUUUAACAGUCGAUGGUGUUUUUGAAGUCGAACAGUGAACAAAUGAUCAGUUUUCGAGAUACGUUAGAAAAAUUACACAUUUUUAUUUAUAUUUCGAGGAUGCAAGUCAAUAUCAAAUAAAAGCAAGCAAAAAUAUUCCCAUGGCUAAGCAAAUUCAUAUUAAAAGAAAAGGUGGUACUAAAAUGACAGCUGCCAAUAUAAAAAUAAAACUUUUGGCAAUUUUCAAUGUUUUCAUAUUCCGAUAAUUCCAAUUUUAAUUUUUUUUAAAAGGUUUUUGACAAUUCUUCUUCGGUAAGUUCCACUUUUAAAUUCUAAAUUAUUUACAAUUACUUCUCUAUUCACAGUUCCUAUUUAGAUUUAUAACAACUAAGAUAUCAAGGUAUUACACAUCAAAUUAACAACCUUCGUCAAUCAGAAAUAAAAAACGAAUCAAAUUAAAGUUUUACUAUGUUUAAAAUAAAUCAAUUUUUAUUUAAGUACACAGAUAAAUUGCCGAAUAGCUCAACAACUGCAUUCCGCAUUAAAAAUUGCCAUUUUACAACAGUGCCAAAUUGCGAAAGAAGCAGCGGCGUUGCCACUUUUAUUUCUUUCUUUUUUCCAACCGAAUCAUGACAAAAAAUAUUUCUUAUUGGUGAUUAUUUUUGAUUGGUUGUUAUUUGAUAUUCCUUAGGGCUCCUGGAAAUGGUUCCUGGAAAUAUUUAAUUAUAAACUCCGUGUCUCAAACACCAAGCAAUUGUUGACUAUAUUUUGUCAGACGUAAUAUCGACUGUUCAACUCGCACUACUAUAAAUUGAUACCUACCCACUUUAUAACCCUAAUUUCUAAAUUAUCCAGAAGAUAAUUAAAAAAAAAACAAAACGUAUUCUGGUCGGGAAUUGUGCAAUUCAGAUGUUGAAAAACCUUCUUUCUCGCAGCGUUUUUCAGUGAGAAAUUUAGGGUAUAAGUAGCUAAAAAUAAAAGUGAUUUUUUUUAAUAUACAAGGCCGUAAACGGCAAAAAACUGUAGAUACUAACCUUAAACGAUGUCGCCCGGUAUAUUUGUAGUUGUGCACCAACGUCCACGUUGGCAGUUGUGUUCCGUGCACUUCCUGUUGGAGGUUAGGUUUUCGUAACGUACCUAAAUUAGGCAACCAUUUCUACCCGAAUGACGAUGUAGUAAAUAAACAAUGUUUUAUGUUAAUGUGGAUUAAUGUUGAGACCUACCGUUAAUUUGUUGACGCGUGUUUGUUUAAAUUCUGCAGUGUGACUCGGUUAGUUUUCGUUAGUACCGAAUUAAAUUAAACUUUUGUUGACUGACGCUUGACAAUUCCAACGGAACCCCAAUGCCUGUUUCGUUUUUAACUUUAACGUACUCAAAAUUUCUUUUGUCCGAUUACAAUUGCUGCUAAGCUUCCUUACCUAAAAUGUUGGAUUUAAAUAUCCAAAACUUCAGGAGAUAUUAAACCAGCACUAAAUCCAGAUUUUGGUAGUCAAAAAUCUAAUUUUUACAUUUACUCAAUUAUGAGACAAUUACUCGUAAAAGCCAAAGCAGUAUAGUGACUAAAAAACUGCUUCGUAUUUGGCAAAUUUUAUGCUAUUUUAUGCUGUGGUGUUCAUUUUUUUUUUGUUUAUCUAGGAGUACAUAAAGCCCCAUUUUUUUCAAAAAGAACAAGAGAAAACCGAAACCGUGUUUUUUUGAUAUACGUGGUGAGUCUCGUUGGAAUUGUAACCGUAAUGAUAACACUUGUAGUGAUUUCGGGUUUAUAUUAAACACUUCCAAUGAGCGUCGACAUUUCUAAAUAAAAUUAAAAGACCAACAUUUAAUUUUCGCGGUAUUCGUAAUAAGCGUAGGGGUAUGAUUUUUUGAUUUGUUAUAGGUAGUCAAAACUGUUGAGGAUUGUCGAUGCUGUUUUGGGCGCGCGUACCGACGCGUACAUUUUGUAAAAAUAUUUUUCAAAUUCGAUUCGAUCGUGAUAAUUAUAUUAUAAACUAUGAUGUAUUAUAUUAUGAGAAUAAGUCAUUUUUAAAGUUGAAAACCAUGAUUUUGUUUAUUUUUUACGACGUAAUAUUAGCCAUUUUAAAUUUAAGCGAGUGAUAAGUUUGUCAAGUGAUGUUUUGGGAAGUUGUUUCAGAAUAAAUGUA